GGACACUGGGGUUGGGAGUGGGAGGUGUCCCUGAGGGCAGCAGAGCCCUUCCCUGCCCAGCCCCACAAAUCCCUGUGAUCCUCACCAAGCAGGAAGGUCAGGGCUGCUGUAAAAGCAGGACCCAGGAGCUGAGCAGCUUUUUCCCGGGCUGCAGUCGAAGCUGCCCCAGUCUGGGUGCUGGAACUGCUCUGAAAUCAGCUGCAGGACAGGGAGGCGCCCGCUUGUGAUGGCUCCGGGCACUCCGAGGGGUCUGAGCUGCAUCCUCACCUGCCUCCCCCCUUCCCCACCACCUCCCUCCCCUCGGGUGAUGCCGCAGCAGGCACGGAGCAGCCCCCAUCCCUCCGUGGCACCGCGUUUCGGGUCUCCAGGGUGAUGCCAGGGAUGCCCAGGGGCCAGGGCCGAGCCCAGCACCUCGGCUGCGAGCGGGGUGAGAAAUUUUGCAAGAGGAAGUGGCCGGGCUGCGGCCGUGCGAGGCGAGGGCAGGAAGGGGAGGCGAUGCUGCCGCUGCCGGCGCUGCUGCGCGGGCACCCCGGGAGCGCACUGGGAGCGCACUGGGAGCGCGCUGGGAGCGCUGCCCCUUCCAUGCUGGCCCAGCGCCGCUGCGCAGGGAGGGCUGCGGCGAGGGAAGGGUUACCCGGCACGGCUGCCUGUGGAGCAGCAGCAGCUCGGCAGGAUGAGCGCAGGGAGCCGGUGAGCGGCGAGCCGGGGAUGUGAGCGCAGCGGGGACCCCGAUGGUCGCCGGCCCCCCCAGCCCCUCGCCCCUGCCCGGCUCCCAUGACCAUCGGCAGCAGCAUGAGCAGCGGCUACUGCAGCUUGGAUGAAGACCUCGAGGAUUGCUUUUUCACGGCCAAAACCACCUUCUUCCGCAGCGCGCAGAGCAAGGUCCCUGCCAAGAAUGUGGCACAGACGGUAGAAGAAGAGAAGCCCGAGCCUCCGACCGUCCAGGAGAUCAAGCAGAGGAUUGAAAAGUACAAUGCAAAGGUCACCAACUGCCUGUUGAUGAAACUGAACGACGAUGGCACCUACACUGGGUUCAUCAAGGUGCACCUGAAGCUGCGGCGGCCGGUGACUGUGCCGGCCGGGAUCCGGCCCCAGUCCAUCUACGAUGCCCUCAAGGACGUGAACCUGGCAGAGAUGACAGACAAGAGAACCUCCUUCUACCUGCCCCUGGAUGCCAUCAAGCAGCUGCACAUCAGCAGCACCACCACGGUGAGCGAGGUGAUCCAGGGGCUCCUGAAGAAGUUCAUGGUGGUGGAUAACCCCCAGAAGUUUGCGCUGUUCAAGGAGAUGAGGAAAGAUGGGCAAGUGCUUUUCCAGAAGCUGCCCCUCACUGAGUACCCGCUGUACCUGCGGCUGCAGGCGGGCCCUGACACCGACGUGCUGAGCUUUGUGCUGAAGGAGAACGAAACGGGGGAGGUCGAGUGGGACGCGUUCUCCAUCCCAGAGCUGCAGAACUUCCUGAUGAUCCUGGACAAAGAAGAGAAGGAGAAAAUCCAGCAAGUGCACAGGAAGUAUGAGAGGUUCAAACAGAGACUGCAACAGACCCUGAAAGAAGCCAGAGGCAAACCUGGAUAACCUUCAGGAGGCACUGGGCAUCAGACUAAGCUAGAGACUGUUUUUAAAUGAAAAGACUUCUCAGGACACCUUAGUAGUCAUUCUCCCUCUUCAACCUUCGUAAGGACUGGCUCCCUGCACCCCUAAAGCGACCCUAUUGCAUUUUCUGCUUCUGAAACCUCUUCUCCCAGGACCAGAGCCAGUCCAAGGACAGGAAGCCUGUUUUUAAAACAGCUUCAACAAAGCAAACAGAGCUGCUGGUUGGCUGUGCAGCCGUGCCACCCGCUGCAGAGGCUGCGUGGAAAAUCCUCGCUGUGACACCCAGCAGGACCCAGCUGCUGGCUGAGGUUUUGAGCAGCUCCUGCUGUUCCUGCUCCUCCCAGCGAGCUGCUUGUUCCUGUUGGGAGGUGCUGUGGCCCACAGUGCCCUCGUGGCCCAGUUCUGGUUUCGUAAGGAGGGCACAGGAAGCAGCAGGACGAGGGGAGGAGGUUGUUGCACCAAACCACGUGGGUGUUGCAGCUCUGAGCAAGCCCUGGGCUUGUUCAGGGCUCAGGCAGCCAGGGAAAUGCCAGGUUAUGACACCAAGGCAGCUGCAACACCCCAACAGUCUGUUGGUAAAUAUUGCUGCAACUUGGUGAUAGUAAUUCCCAGGAAAACCAUUCAUUUUGAUUCUAUUUGACUUCUGAUUUUGAAAAGAGCUGAAUUACAGUAACUGUCCCUGAUGCUUAGCUAAGUUAGCCAUUGUUUCACCAGUUCUCUACUCUGUAGGAAUUGGGACUUAUGUUUCCAGAAAUUCUGUUUGAGAAGUGUAAAGGUGAUGGUUGGGGCACAGGCUGAGGGUUCAGUGUUGACGGUUUAGCAAUACACGUCCAUCAGAGGAACCCAGGAAAGCUCAAAACCCCUUCACAAAUCAGAUUUUGAGCUGAGAACGUGCCUGGCCCCGAGGGAGAGGAGCCCCAUCCAGGGCUGGGGUGUGGAGGUGGCACCAAGUAAGGGAAUUACAGUCCUUGGAUGCUUUCUGCUCACCUCCCCUGUGCUUCCAGCCCUGCUGUCCCUGUCACACCCUCCCUGUGCCCUGUUCUCCCUCCCCACUCUCAACUGGUGCUGUUCCCAGGAUUUGCUGUCUCUGGGGAGUCAGGAGAGGACAGCAAGUCCCUCUCUGCCUGUCUCAGGGCUCCCACCAGGCCAAGCAUCCCUCAGCAAAUCCUGGAGCUGCAGGCUCAGUCCCUGGUGCUGAGGAAUCGCUGCUGGGCUGGGAAAGCUCCAGGGGUCCCUGGGGAGAGGAUGGGCCCGUGUUUACCCUCAGUGCUUGGUCCCAGGCACGCUGCACACAGCCAGGGCCAGCCCUCCCUCUGGUCACACACAGGGAAUGUCACUGCUGGGCUGGGAUGGAGCAGGGACAGGUUUGUGUGCUCAUGAACAGCCCUUGGAGCUCCCUGUGGCUGCUGUGACCCCACCUGCGCCCAGGGCGAGGGGAGCCAGCAGGUUUUUGGGAAUGGGAGGACUCUCAAAUUUACCUCAGUGCCUUUUUUUUCCCUUAAGUGUGAAAAGUUUGCAUUUGGGCUAAGGAGGAAGCUGUGCAGAGCCCUCAUCCCUCCUGUCCCACAGCAGGGGUGUGACGAGCCCCUUGUGUCCGGGCAGGGAUGAGGAACUGGUUUGUUUCUUGCUGGAAGGUGACUGCUUGGGAUGUUAUUCUUUUUCCAGAUUUUAAGUAUGUUUGUUUCUAAACCUUAUGAGAGGAACUGCAUCACUUGGAGCCCUGGGCUGGUGUGAAAGGCACUUUGUGCCAGGCUCAGCUGCAGUUGUGUCAGCAGUGAGGGUUUGCUCGCAGGGCUGUGGUGCAGGAGCCUCCAGUACUGUACUCUACACCCAACGACCUCUACCAAGGGCUGGCAGCCUCAGAGCAGCACUGGCCACGCUCUGGGGCUCUCUGGCCGGCUACUAGCAGGCUUAGCACUUCACUGUUCACUUGUGGAGUCCUUUCAAUGCCGUUUAUCUGGUGCUUUGAGCCUUGACAGCACCGUAUAAAUACUUCAGUUCCACCGUGGGGAAGAACGCUGUAAAAACUGCCAGUGGCUCUCAGAGGGAAGAGCCACACGCUUGGCUUGAAAUCCCUUUUCUUUCUGGCUAAAAGUUGUGCAGGUUUCCUUUUUUUUUUUUAUUUUUUUGGUGAGUUUUGGUGUCCCCUCUCCCUUCCUGGCCCCAGCAUGUCUUGGACAGUCUGUGGAAGGCAUGGCUUCGUAUGCAAUCACUGUGGAUGCUGCUGAAAACCUCCUGCCACCAGCAGGGCUCGCUCGUUUGGUUUUGAUUUUCAAUUUCAGGGGCAUUUGGAGAGUUGGUGGGUGCUGAAACUCAGAUUCUCAUGGGUCACUUGAGCUGUUUCUAGAAGUAUUUGCCCCAUCUUUAAUCCUGUUGGCAGUGCCUUUGGUUAGCAAUUGUCUCGCCUAGCUCGUGUGAGUUUAUUUUCCAUGGCUACUGUAAAACCUGUAAAAUAAUGUGUAUAGAAUGGAAUAGUAGAGCUUCUAUGGCAAAGUGAAAUGCAUUUUUGCAAUGCUGUAAUUUAUUUUUACUACUCCCUAGUGAUCCUAUGGCAUUUUUACAAAAUGUCUCACUCUCAGCUUUUUUUGAAGGUUCUGGAACUAUUUGUUCAUAUGCAGACAGUGUAAGAGACAAUGAUAAUAAAACUGUCAGUAAUUAAAGAAA